GUUGUCUUCCGUGGCUAUAAAAGGCCAGAAACAAGCCGAAUUUAUCGAAACCCCGCUUCCACGAAAUAUUUCAAUAAAUAUAUUAACCAAUAGAAAUGACUUUACUCUUAUCUCUCUAUUUUGCCUGCUGCGUGGCAUUCGCAUCAGCCGGAAUGCAAAAUGAGGCGAUGAUGGACAAUCUGAGAGAGGUGUGUCCGUUAUCAGGGCCGCCACCAUUGGCCGUCUUUAUUAUGCAGCAGUUCUUUUCAACUAACGUGAACGUCAGUCGGGCCGAUUACUUGGGUCGCCCAGCACUAAAAGUGGCUUUCACUGACGAAUAUCAAAAGAACUAUGCUAUUAAUGGGGUGGUACAAGCCAACGCCUACGUUAGAAUCCCAUUGACCUAUUUCUACGAAGGCACUAUCGAAGUUGACAUUGCAGCCGAACGUAACAGCUACGCCGAUGAAUUUAGUCGCGCCUUUGCAGGUGUUGCUUUCCGCCUACAACCUGAUAUUAAUAAGGAAACUUACGACCUGGUCUACUUGAGAAUGACCAAUGGGUUAUUAAGUAAUCCUCCGCCGCCAGAACCUAGAAAUGUUCGAGCCAUUCAAUACAUUUCCCCUCCCAACUGGCAUUUCGAUACUCUGCGCGAGCAGUUCCCUGGGCAGUACGAAGCUGGAGCAAAAAUUGCAGAGAAACGUUGGAAUCAUCUUCGCAUAACCGUCAAGAAUAACACAGCGAGUGUUUUCAUCGAUUACGACCCAAAAGCUGUUCUUAGUGUAUCUAUGUUGGGCACAAGAUCCCCGGGCCCCAUUGCUUUUUGGGUUGAUGAUGCCACCACCGCUUAUUUCUCAAACUUGCAAAUUUAUUAACCCCAUAUACUGAUACUUGACCCCAUUUCCCUAAAUUCUUAUUCAAUAAACAAGCAUAAGCAA